GCCCGGCCCGCCCCUCCCGCGCCGCUCCCGGCGCCCGGCCGCUCCCCGCGGGCUCCGCUUCCGCCGCCCAAACUUUUCUCCCGCGCGUCUCCCCGCGGCGGCCGCCUGCCCGCGCGCCCGCCCCGCGCAUGGGUGCCCCGCCGCAGGGGGCCUGACCCCCGCCUCCCGGUCCGCCCGCCGCGCCAUGGCGGCCCGCGCGCCCCCCGCCGCACCUGCGGCCGACGAGCCGGGGGGUCCGGGCAGCCCCCCGCGCAGGAAGAAGUCCCGCUCCGGCGCGUCCGGCCUCCGGCGCGCCUUCAGCUGGCUGCGGGGCAAGCGGCGCAAGAAGAAGGCGGCGGGGGCCGAGGGCGCCGAACCGGCCGCCCCCCGGGCCAAGAAGGCUGACGACAAGGCCAGGAGGGCCAAGGGUAAAGGCCGAGGCUCUGCCAAGGCUGAGAGUGACAAACGUCUAAGUGUGGGGUCUGGCCAGGGGCCGGGGUCUGUAGUGGAUGAGCACCAGGACAAUGUCUUCUUCCCCACUGGGCGACCGCCUCACCUCGAAGAGCUGCACACGCAGGCCCAGGAGGGGCUCCGUUCCCUCCAGCACCAAGAAAAACAGAAACUGAAUAAAGGUGGUUGGGACCAUGGAGACACCCAGAGCAUCCAGUCCUCCCGGAUGGGGCCAGAUGAAGACAGCAUCUCUUUCUGCAGCCAGACCACAUCCUACACGGCUGAGAGCUCCACAGCAGAGGACGCUCUCUCCAUCCGCUCAGAGAUGAUCCAGCGCAAAGGGUCCACCUUCCGACCCCAUGACUCAUUUUCCAAAUCGUCCGGGAAGUCGGGGCGGCGAAGGCGCGAGAGGCGGAGCACGGUGCUGGGACUGCCGCAGCACGUGCAGAAGGAACUCGGUCUGCGGAACGAGCGUGAGGCACCAGGUACCCCUCGGCCUCCUGGUCCUCGGGAUGCCGUCCGCAUCCCCACGGUGGAUGGCCGUCCGGCGGGCCCGGCCUCAGAGACAGGGGCCCGGGUGUCCCUGCAGGCGCUGGAGGCACGGGCCCAGGCCGGUGCCGAGGCCGAGGCCAUGCUGCAGCGCCACAUCGACCGCGUCUACCGGGAUGACACCCUCGUUGGGCGGUCCACAGGAGCCCGGCCCCCGCCAGUGACACGGCCCAUGUCCUUAGCGGUGCCCGGACUGACAGGAGGGGCAGGGCCUCCAGAACCCCUGAGCCCAGCCAUGUCCAUCUCGCCCCAGGCCACCUACUUGUCAAAACUGAUUCCGCAUGCUGUCUUGCCGCCCACGGUGGACGUGGUGGCUCUGGGCCGCUGCAGCCUGCGCACACUGAGCCGCUGCAGCCUGCUGUCGGCCAGCCCGGCCUCUGUCCGCUCGCUGGGCCGCUUCUCCUCGGCCUCCAGCCCGCGGCCCCGCAGCCGCCAUCCUUCCUCCUCCAGUGACACCUGGAGCCACUCUCAGUCCUCUGAGACCAUUGUGUCUGAUGGCUCUACCCUCUCCUCUAAGGGUGGCUCUGAGGGUCAGCCCGAGGGCUCUCUGGCUAGCAGUAGCGUGGCACCUCCUCCCCAGGGGGGCAGUGGGAGGGGCUCUCCCAGCGGGGGCAGCACUGCCGAGGCCUCCGACACUGUCAGCGUUCGGAGCAGUGGGCAGCUGUCUGGCCGGAGCGUGUCCCUCUGUAAGCUGAAGAGGCCCCCCCCACCUCCCCGCCGGACCUACUCACUCCAUCAGCGGGGCUCAGCAGCACCCGACGGGCCCUUGGGGUUGCCGCCCAGGCCUGAGCGGAAGCAGCAGCAACAGCUGCCUCGGCCACCCACCACUGGUGGGGCAGAAGGGACGGGGGCAGCUCCGUGUCCCUCCAACUCAGCAGGCACCUGGGUGCCUGGCUUGUCUCCAGGUGGCUCCCGGCGUCCCCCACGCUCCCCAGAACGGACGCUCUCACCCUCCAGUGGGUACUCGAGCCAAAGUGGUACUCCUACCCUCCCUCCUAAGGGUCUAACAGGGGCCCCUGCUUCCCCAGGCAAGGCCCAACCCCCUAAACCAGAACGUGUCACUUCCCUUCGUUCCCCUGGGGCCUCUGUCUCUUCUUCCCUCACGUCUCUAUGUUCCUCAUCCUCUGACCCAGCCCCCUCAGACCGGUCUGGUACACAGAUGUCGACUGCCCUGGGUGACAGGUUUGCCAUACCUCCUCACCCCAAGGUGCCCGCCCCUUUCUCCCCACCCCCUUCCAAGUCCAAGAGUCCUAAACAAGCUGCCCCCACUUCUGCCACUCCUGCUGUGGUCCCCGGGCCGGUCUCUACUGCUGAUGUGAGUCCCGAGCCCCCACCGACUCCGCAGACCUCCCUGACCCCGCCACAGGAGUCACCCAGUUCCUCCAAAGACCAGUCACCCCCACCGUCCCCACCCCCAUCUUAUCAUCCUCCCCCCCCACCCACUAAGAAGCCUGAGGUCGUUGAGGCCCCAUCUGCCCCAGAGACUGCUGAGGAGCCCCUCCAAGACCCCAACUGGCCCCCACCCCCGCCUCCUGCACCAGAGGUGCAGGACCUUUCCAUGGCUGACUUCCCCCCACCUGAGGAGGCCUUUUUCUCUGUGGCUGGCCCUGAGCCUGCAGGCCCUUCAGGCCCCCCAGAGCCUGUUAGAUCUCUGGCUGCUUCAUCCUUCUCAGUUGCUGUCUCUUCCCAGAGCCAGCUUCACGGUUCCCCAGACCCUCCUCCGGCUCCACCAGCCCCACCUCCAGCCGGUUCUGUCUCGGGGCUUUUGGCCAAGCUCCCACGGAAGGAACCGGUGGGCUGCAGCAAAGGCAGCGGGGUUCCCAGGGAGGAUGCUGGCGCACCCCUGGUCACGCCCUCACUCCUGCAGAUGGUUCGGCUGCGCUCUGUGGGCGCUCCUGCGGCUGCUGCAACCCCGGCCUCCGGGCCGUCAGCCCCCCAGAAGCCGCUACGAAGGGCCCUGUCAGGGCGGGCCAGCCCAGCGCCUGCCCCCUCCUCAGGGCUCCAUGCUGCUGUCCAACUCAAGGCCUCUGGUCUGGCUGCCAGCAAGGACCCUGCGAGUGCCCAGCCCAAUGGACCGCCUGAGGUGGAGCCACGGUCUCCCCAGUCCCCUGCCUCUAUGGCCAGCUUCAUAUUCUCCAGGGGCACCAAGAAGCUGCAGCUGGAGAGGCCAGUGUCCCCUGAGACCCAGGCUGACCUCCAGCGGAAUCUGGUGGCCGAACUUCGGAACAUCUCAGAGCAGUGGCCACCCCAAGCCCCAAAGAAGCCACCUAAAGCUCCCCCACCCGUGGCUCGCAAGCCCUCUGUGGGAGUCCCGCCAUCCACCUCGCCCAGCUUUCCUCGGGCUGAGUCCCUUACUGCUCCUCCCACCAACGGGCUCCAUGCUGAAGACAGGACUAAGGGGGAGCUGGCGGAGAACGGAAGUGUCAUGCAGCUGGUGGGCCUGGAGGAGCAGAAGCUGGGCCCACCUGGCUCAGACCCACAGAAAGAGCUGGUCUGACCGCCAGGCACCUCACUGGCACGGCUGACCCAUCCCAGGAAUACAAUCUCAGGGACCUGAGCAGCUCCAAGGAUGAGACGAUACGGCAGACACUUAACCUAGUAGAGAGGAUGCCUGCAGCCUUAACGUUCACAGCCUUCGAUAUUUAUGCAAGCCUGGUGUUGAUCCUGCCCUCCAAGUCAUCCAGCUCAUGCCUUUUCCUCCCUGGAUGGAUUCCCCUCUGGCAGCUGCUGCUUGUCUUGGCCUUAGCCUCAUCUUGAAGGAGGUAGCUGGUGGGAGUGGGUGGCUGCGCCCCCUGCUGGCCCUGAGGCCACACGGUUGGGAGGAGAGCGCCUCACGUGAAUUUUUCCUCCCCCCCCCCCCCCCCCCGUGUCCAAAUCAUGCACAUACUGUAGUCCAGAAUCAAAGCACUUUUGACAAGUGGCUGCAUGUCCAUCCUCCAGGGCCCAUGAAGCCUCAUUCUAAGGGCCUGUUUACAUGGCGGCAGCAUCAGUCCCCGGUAGCCAGCCCAUAGCUGGGACCAGUCUGCUCCCUCCGAUCCAGUUUGCUCAUUUUCUAGUUCUUGGAGGUGGGCGAGUCAUUGUAUUCCCACAGGUUUCUCCAGGCUGGAGGUAGGAGCGGGGCUGUGGAAUUCCAAAGCACAAAAGGGGCAGCAGGGGUUAGCCCUCCUGUGCCUCAACUGACCACCAACCACCUGCCUUCCAGUUCUGCCAGGUGCUCCAUGCAGGGGACGAGAAGUGGGGACUGCCUGGGCCCAAGUGAGGGAGGGGGUGGGAGGGAGAAGAAGAGAGGAGGUCCACAGGCUCUGCCCUCAGAGAGUGGAAGGACAGGACAGGGAGGCCUCUCAGCGGGCACUUGGUAAUGCCAAGCAUCUGCCCCCUUGUUUCACUUGAUCAGGUUGGGCAGGCAGACGCAACGCUUCAGAGGCAGGAGCCCAUGGGCUGUGGCGAAGCUGUGUCCCCUUCAGCUGUGCAGGAAGCCCUGAGGGAGGCGGGUGGAGGGUCUGGCCAGGGGAGCGCUUAUUUGGGCAGUGGGCCCAGACCUGGCCCCACAGAUUACAUUCUCUGACCUUUCUCUUUACUCGGUGCAUGUUCUUUCUGCAGCUGCCUUUCAGCACAGGUGGUUUCACUGGGGGGAGCUGACGCUGAGUGACAAGGAUGGGAAGGAAGCCAAAGGUGCAUUCUAUUCCAGACUCUUCCCUAGUCAGUGAAGGGGGUUCAGUGCUCCUAGGGAGCAGGCUGGGCAAUUGCCCCCUGGCCAUCAGCUUCUGCUACUGAGGUCUCCUCUAGGAAUUUUAAUGACCUAUUUUCAGCCUGUGCCUCCUAUCUAGGUAAGCUGGCUUCCCCACUGGCCCUGGGGCCUCCCUUCACAGUAGUGUGACUGCCACCAGGGCCACCCCUUCUGGCCUGAUCCUCUUUCCUCAACAGUGACUUGGGCUUGAGGAACCUCACUUUCAGCUGCUUCUGUGGAGAGGCUGAACCCCUCCCAGAACCAGAGCUGGGAACACAGGGGAUGUGGUACGAGAGCCCAGGUUCCUGGGGCCCUCCCUCACUGCGGUCUUCUCCCUGUGGCUGUAAACCAGCGUUCUGUAAACCAAGGUUUCCCUUGCCCUUUGGGUAAUGGAGAGCGGCUGCUGGGUACAUGUCGCACCUGUCCAGUGAGCCGGGGAAAGAGGAGAGUCAGGAUGCACUGCUCUGCUCAGAGCUCCUGACCAGCCCCCUGGGAACCAAGACCAGGCCAAAGCCUCCACGAAAGAAACCUGGCCCUGGCAGCAGCCUUGGAGCUGUUGGAGAUGGAGAUGGGAGGGAGCCCAACUUCUGUGUCUCUUCCCCGCCCCCCCCCCCCCCCCCCCCACGUUACUUGAGCUCCUUAUCCUCAGUUAGAAUCUUCUGAGCUUGUUUCCCCACUGGGUGGGACAGAGUACAAAGGAGAAGGGAGGAUCUAGAAGAGGCAACCCUUCUUUGUCCUCUGGGGUAAAUGAGCUUGACCUAGUGCAAAUGGAGAGACCAAAAGCCUCUGAUUUUUAAUUUCCAUAAAAAUGUUAGAGAGAGAGAAGUAUAUAUAUAUAUUUCUUUAAAUUUUUGAGUCUUUGAUAUGUCUAUACAAACAAAUCCAUUCCCUCUGCCCUGAAGCCUGAGUGAGACACAUGAAAGAGCUGUGUGUGUGUGUUUCAUUCAAAGGUGUUAAUUAAAUGAUUAAAACGUG